AUGAGUCGCUGCGUGGCUCGCAGAGCUACGAAGAAAGUCUCCUCAGCUCGUUUCUACAGCAUCGUGCAUGAUGUCCCACGAGUCGCUGCCAGUCUCAGCCAGAGCCAUCCUCCACCACAGCCUCAAAGCCAGUCGGUAUUCGAGCAAGCUGUCAAUGCCACUGGUCCGCGCAACAACUGGACCAAAGAGGAGAUUUCUCAGAUUCACCAGACCCCUCUGAUGGAACUGGCCUUCGCCGCAGGCACUGUACACCGUCGAUUUCACAAGCCCUCGGCUGUCCAACUAUGCACCCUCAUGAACAUCAAGACUGGUGGGUGUACAGAAGACUGCUCGUACUGCGCCCAGUCGUCCCGCUACAAGACAAACCUUCAAGCCACCAGACUCUCCGCGGUCGACUCCGUCAUUGAGGCAGCAAAAGUCGCCAAAGCGAAUGGCUCCAACAGAUUCUGCAUGGGCGCUGCUUGGCGCGACAUGCGUGGUCGGACUCGGGGAAUGAAGAAUAUUGUGGAAAUGGUCAAAGGUGUUCGGGCCCUGGGUAUGGAAGCCUGCGUCACCCUCGGCAUGCUUGACAAGCAACAAGCUCGUGAGUUGAAGGAGGCCGGCUUAACAGCUUACAAUCAUAACCUGGAUACCUCACGAGAGCAUUAUCCCAACGUCAUCACCACACGUUCUUACGACGAACGAUUGCAAACACUGGAAAAUGUACGCGAAGCCGGCAUACACGUCUGCAGUGGGGGUAUUCUCGGUUUAGGAGAGACGCCUGCAACUGACCAUGUUGGCUUGAUCCACACCCUCGCCACUCUCCCAGCACACCCUGAAUCUUUCCCCGUGAACAAGCUGGUGCCCAUCAAAGGCACGCCAAUGUUCGGCCAAGAACCGGUUAAAUUGGAAGACAUGGUCCGUUGUAUUGCCACCGCUCGCCUGGUCAUGCCGCGAACCAUCAUUCGUAUUGCAGCCGGAAGGGUCACUAUGCCUGAGAGUGAGCAAAUGCUGUGUUUCAUGGCGGGCGCGAACGCGAUUUUCACGGGCGAAAAGAUGUUGACGACGGAUUGCAACGGGUGGGAGCAGGAUAAGGAUAUGUUUGAGCGCUGGGGGCUGUCGCCCAUGCAGACCGAGGCGAGUAAACUGGUCGAGGUUGCAGAGGAACCCAAGUUCGAGGCAAGCAGUUUCGCCCACUUGAAGAGCGACGGUGUGGUGGCACAAAAGGGAGCGGAGCGCCUAGCGGUCUUUCUUGACCGCCCAGGAUUCCCAUGGAAGAAACUGAUUCUUGGAUUCUCCCUGGGUCAAUAUGUGCUCGAAGGUCUUCUCUCGUUGAGGCAGUAUAAGGUGCUGCAAAAGACGAAGCCCCCGAAGACGCUCGAAGACGAAAUCUCUCAGGAUGUCUUCGACCAGAGUCAGGCAUACGGUCGCGCAAAGGCGAAAUUUGGCUUCAUCUCCGGCCUCUACUCCCAGAUCCAAAACGUCCUCUUCAUUCAAUACGAUGUCUUGCCGAAGCUCUGGUCAUUGACAGGUCUCUUGCUUGCCCGCUAUUUUCCCAGUCGUUUCUCUGGCGAGAUUUCCCACUCGGUACUCUUCUUCUUGACCUUCAAUGUCAUCUCACAGAUCUUGUCGCUUCCACCUUCAUACUAUAGCACAUUUGUUUUAGAAGAGAAGUUCGGUUUCAACAAACAAACUAUCAAGUUAUGGAUCACGGAUAUGCUCAAAGGCCAGGCAUUGAUGGUUGCACUGGGGACGCCGCUACUCAGUGCCUUUCUCAAGAUCAUCCAGGUGACGGGCACAAGAUUCUUCUACUAUCUCUGGCUCUUUGGGAUUGUCGUGCAACUCUUCGCGAUCACCAUCUAUCCGAUCUUCAUCCUCCCGCUUUUCAACAAGCUAUCUCCUCUCGAACCUGGAGAACUCAAGUCUGGAGUGGAGGCAUUGGCGCAACGGCUCAAGUUCCCCCUGAAGUCUCUGUACGUCAUUGAUGGAAGCAAACGGAGUGCGCAUAGCAAUGCCUACUUCUUUGGGCUUCCGUGGAAGAAACACAUAGUUAUUUACGAUACCUUGAUCGAAAAGAGCGAACCGCAAGAAGUAGUGGCAGUACUAGGUCACGAGCUAGGACAUUGGAGUUUGUCACACACUACGAAACUGUUCGCCAUCGCACAGUUCCAUAUGUUCUAUAUCUUUGCGCUUUUCAGUGUCUUCAUCGACAACAACUCGCUUUACUCCUCUUUUGGUUUCCACGACUCACAUCCCAUCAUCAUUGGUUUCAUCUUGUUCUCCGACGCCCUUGCUCCAAUGGACGCCGUGGUGAAGCUUUUGAUGAACGUUCUCUCUCGAAAAUUUGAAUUCGAAGCCGACGCAUUUGCCACUAAACUGGGAUAUGAGAAGGAAUUGGCAAGGAGUCUGAUCAAGUUGCAAGUGCAAAAUCUGAGUACUAUGGAUGCGGACUGGAUGUACGCGAGCUAUCAUUACAGUCAUCCCAUUCUGGCGGAGAGACUGGCUGCGCUGGGUUGGAAGAGUUCGAAGUCGUCAGCAGCGAAUGGCAAGGUUGUUGAGUUGGAUGAAAAAGUUGCCGAUGCGGGUGUGGUCAAGGCGAGCCAGAGAGAGCUGUGA